GGGGAAGAGGGAGAAAGAGCGAGGGCGCGCGUGCGCAGUGGCGCGGGGAGGAGCAGGACCUGGCAGCGGGCGCCGAGGCUGCGAGCGAGCCGCGGACCGGGCGGCCGCGCGCACCAUGGGGGAGAAGCCGGGCACCAGGGUCUUCAAGAAGUCCAGCCCUAACUGCAAGCUCACCGUGUACUUGGGCAAACGGGACUUUGUGGAUCACCUGGACAAAGUGGACCCUGUAGAUGGUGUGGUGCUGGUGGACCCUGACUACUUGAAGGACCGCAGAGUGUUUGUCACCCUCACCUGCGCCUUCCGCUAUGGCCGGGAAGACCUGGACGUGCUGGGCUUGUCCUUCCGCAAAGACCUGUUCAUCGCCACCUAUCAGGCCUUCCCCCCAAUGCCCAACCCGCCCCGGCCCCCCACCCGCCUGCAGGACCGGCUGCUGAGGAAGCUGGGCCAGCACGCACACCCCUUUUUCUUCACGAUACCCCAGAACCUGCCCUGCUCUGUAACACUGCAGCCGGGACCAGAAGACACAGGGAAGGCCUGCGGGGUAGACUUCGAGAUUCGAGCCUUCUGUGCCAAAUCGUUAGAAGAGAAAAGCCACAAAAGGAACUCGGUGCGCCUGGUAAUCCGCAAGGUGCAGUUUGCCCCUGAGAAGCCCGGUCCCCAGCCGUCAGCCGAAACCACACGCCACUUCCUCAUGUCUGACCGGUCCCUGCACCUCGAGGCUUCUCUGGACAAGGAGCUGUACUACCACGGGGAGCCCCUCAAUGUCAAUGUCCAUGUCACCAACAACUCUACCAAGACCGUCAAGAAGAUCAAAGUCUCUGUGAGACAGUACGCCGACAUCUGCCUCUUCAGCACUGCCCAGUACAAGUGUCCCGUGGCCCAGCUGGAACAGGACGACCAGGUGUCCCCCAGUUCCACCUUCUGCAAGGUGUACACCCUCACCCCGCUGCUCAGUGACAACCGGGAGAAGCGUGGCCUCGCCCUGGAUGGCAAGCUCAAGCACGAAGAUACCAACUUGGCGUCCAGUACCAUUGUGAAGGAGGGAGCCAACAAGGAGGUGUUGGGCAUCUUGGUAUCCUACAGGGUCAAGGUGAAGCUGGUGGUGUCUCGAGGCGGGGAUGUCUCCGUGGAGCUGCCUUUUGUCCUUAUGCACCCCAAACCCCAUGACCACAUCACCCUGCCCAGACCCCAGUCAGCGGUUCCUGAGACAGAUCUCUGUGUGGACACCAACCUCAUCGAAUUUGACACCAACUAUGCCACCGAUGAUGACAUUGUGUUCGAGGACUUUGCCCGCCUGCGGCUGAAGGGCAUGAAGGAUGAUGACUACGAUGAGCAGUUCUGCUAGGAAGAAGGGUGGGAGGGCUCGACCAAGACCCUCCCCACCACUGCAGCUGGGGGCAGGGCUGGCCUGGGCUCUCUUCCCUUCCCCUGCGUCUGGCACAUUCCUCCACCACCCUGCCCUACAACCCCCUCCCCCGAGAUACGUACUGGACCCAUCUCCGGUCAAUGUGGGCAUUAAUUUCUUACGGCUCUGCCUCCCCAGCACCCCUUCCAAGGGGGGCGUGGCAAGCCGUGUUCAAACCUACACUUUUCCAAUGGACGAUAACAGGAGGGGACAGUGGGGAGAAAGGGCUCCCACACACGGCCUCGCCCAGUGCGCCCCUCCUGUCACUUUGUCUGCCUCUUGUUCCUCCAAGGUGACAGCCUGGUUGGGGAGAGGAGGGCUGGGGGAGGACAAGGCUGUGGCUUUGUUUCUGAGCAUAAGGAAGAAAAUAAACCUUUUACUAGGC